CUUUAAACGCCCAUCCGCAUUUGUGGCGGUUGUACGAAAGGGAAAAUCGUCGGCACUUGUUUACAUUAUUUUACCGGGGAAAAUACUCCAAAAAGCAUCAAAAUGAAAUUCGUAAAGAAAUAAAAGACCAUGGAAGAAAAUUCAGAAGUGGUUUCAAAAUACCAGAAGUUAGCCUUAGAAUACUCCAAACUGAAAGCUCAGAUAUCGGUACUGAAGACUGCUGUUGCCGAAGAACAAGGAGCGGUUGCUGAGUUACAUGAAACAGUGAAAAAGAAAGAUCAGUUUAUAAGAAAAUUAGAACAGGAAGUUGAAUGCUUAAAUUUUAGAAAUUUACAGCUAACCAAAAGAGUAUCGGUCCUUCAGAAUGAUUUGGAGGGAGUUGAGUUUCAUUCAAAACAUUCAAAGGGUAAGCACCCUGCAAGUAAUUCAUCUCCAUUUCCUGAGUCAUAUGCGGUUCUCAAUGCUGAGCUGCAAAGCAGAAUCGAAGAGAAUGAAAAACUGCAUCAAAAAUUAUAUUCUGCUGAAACAGACCAUAAAAGUGAGAUUGCCAAUUUGACUUCACAAAUAGAAAAACUACAAUUGAACCUGUCUGAACAAGAGCAAAAACUUAGUGAAAAAAUAAAAGAGCAAGAGGCCUUUAUUAACACCCUUCAAAAGGAAAAAAUUAAGAUGCAGGUUUCUUUGAAAAAUCAUGAAGUAGAAUUGAAAGAUCGAAAAAGGAAAGAUGAAACAAGAGAUAAGGAUGUAUCAUCUGUUAAAGAAAAUUUAUCCCAGCAACUUGAAAAAGCUAAUAGUAUAAUUUCUGAAAAAGUUUUAUUUAAUGAUUCAUGUGUGCAAUUCAUGAACACGCUUAAUACACCUAUAGUCCAAAGGCAAAAACACGGAAAAUUAGUUUCUUUGAUGACUAAAUUGCAGAGCUUUAUGUACGAUUUCAGUCGGCAGCUAUCCGAUCUUUACACUUUCCUAAUGCAAAGGCUCUGUAUUCCUUCUUGUGAAAUGAGCAUUAAAGCCAUCGUUCUGAAGUUAGAUUACUUUUUACGUGAGAGUAUUCCUUGCAUCAAGACCAUUCCAAUUAACUUUGAAAAGAUUGCAAAUGCUGUGAAAGAUGAAUCCUUAGCAUGGGAUAAAAGAUCUGUGUUAGAAUUCUCCAAAUCGUUUGAAAUGUAUGUCUUGCAGCUAGAUAAAAUGCUUCCUUACAUAAUUUUAAGAAUAGAAUGCAAGGAAUCAUGGGUAGGAUCAUCUCAAAAAGCAAUAGAACUUUUGCCAAAACUUGUUUUGUUACCCAGAAAAAUACUAAAUGCCUUUAAAACUCUGCAGAGAUACAUGCAAGUUCUUGGAUUGUUUGGUACUUCCGAGAAAGAUGUGCAUUACAGUACUCAACCAGCAGUUUUGAGAAAAAUAUUUUCAAAUAUAAAUUUAUUGCAGUCAUCAUUUGAUGAGGCACGGAAAUUGUUUGGUUCCAAGAUUGCUGCUGAUCACCAGCUUCCUAUGUAUAGUGAUUCUGAAAAGAGUACUGAUGAAUGCAUUGUUUCAGCAUUAGUUUCAUUGUCCUCUAUUUUGAAGAAAAUUGCUGAUCUUAUUGAAAAGGAUUUGGCUAUAGUUUCUUCUGAUGUUUGGUACACGCCACGGAAAUUUUCUAAAUGGAAUGGUGCUACUUUUCAUGAAUGCGUUUGGAAGUAUAAGGAUAGAGGCACUAAGUACAUUCAAAAUAUAUCACAAAAUGAACUGCAUUCUAUUCCGUAUGAAGUUGCCUUGAAAAACCAUCAAACACUGCGUGAUAAUGCAGAUAAUCAUGAAAAUCUUACACAGCAGUUGGAGCAAUACCGAAAUAAAUUGAUGCAAUUGGAAUUGGAUAAAGAAAAUUGGAUGCUUGAAUGCCAGCUAAUGAAGGCAAAGGAAUCACAAAACAGCCAAAUUACUACAAAUGGCGAAGAAAAUUUUAAAACUUAUGAUUCAGAAGAAAUUCACACCUAUGUUAAGAAUACUGUGAAUCAGCUGGUUAAACAAAUCCAACUUGCUGAUAGCAAAUCAAUAGCGUUCCGAAAUGAGUGUGAAACAUUACAUCAAAGGUUGAAGAUGAAUCUACAGAAAAGUGAGACACUUGAAAAAGAAACCACCAAUGCGAAGGAAUUUAUUGACAUAUUAAAGGAAGAACAGAAGACUUUAAAGCAAUCAUAUGAAGACCAACUAAAUACAAUGAGUGAACACUUAGCUAAUUUAAAUGAAACCUUAACAGCUCAAAAGGAUGAAAUUGAUAACCUUAAGCAGGCGAACAAGGGCAAUAAAAAGGGUAAAAGCAAGUAACAGCCAUCAUGGAAAAGAACAUUUCAGUAAAUCCAAUUUGCAUUAAUGUCAAAAAAUGAAAGCAAUGUAUAUUUUUUGUAAAUUUCUUGAGUAAAACGUUUUGAAAUGUUU